AAAGUAAACAAGCGUCGUCGUUGCAGUUUGAAAAUAACGCUUUUAAAGAUGAUGGCGCAAAAUCAGAUGCUGAUGGAGACCUUUCAAGGCCAGAGCCAGAAUAUUGAGUCAACAAAAUCAGCAAUCACGAAAAUGUUGGUUCGCACCGAAAGAUUUCAAACGCGCGUACGCAAACACAUCGAUGAAAAUUAUACAGAAUUUAUGCCCAACCAUACAUCACCAGAUAUCUUUUUGGAGAAAUCAAGCAUACUGGGCGACGAAAUCAACGAGCUGCUGGCCACCGUUGGUGAGGAGGGUCUAUCCGCCCUAAACGAUGCCAGUGCCGAGCUAGCCAAGAGCAGCAAGGAUUUACGGGAAAUAAUGUUAGAACUGCGUGUUAGCGAGCAUAUAUUAAAACUGGACGAUCUAUUUCAGUGUGUCGAAGAGGCGAAGGCCAACAAGGAUUGCCUCGUCGUGUUCGAUCUGAUGGGCAAGCUACGCAGCCUAAUCUACAGCGAAGCGAAAGACUCUACCGAUGUAGCGCCCGAAGUGGAGCGACUAUUCCAAUCGUUGGAUUGCUAUGAGUCCAUUAAAGUCAAGUACCACGUGCAGGCACAUUUGCUGCAGCAGAAUCUGCAGAAGCGGUUCGAUCGUCUUGUGCAAUUGAAUUGCAAAACGUUUCCCAAUUCGAAAUGUGUUACGUUGCUUAUUAGCAAGGACGAAGCGCAGCUGCAGGACAUUGUGACAGCCCUGUUCCAGGAGCGCUAUAAUCCAGCCAAGCUGUGCAACUUUUUGCUAGAACACUGCAUCGAGCCACUGAUCCAGAAACCUGUUUCGGUCGAAUACAAUGAAACGGCCAAGGAUGGCAGUCAUAUACAGCUAACGCUUUCGUAUUCUAUCAAGGAUCAGGAUGCUUCGUCGCCUUUGCUGCGUCCCAGCUAUAAAGAUGUCUUUGACCAUUUUCGCCUGCUCCUGCAGACGCUAGGCGGCAUCAAUAGCAACCUCAAUGGCACCCAGCAUGUCUUCAGCAUUAUCGGCGAUCAGAUUAAGGAUCGCAUGUUGCAACUGCUCGUCGAGGAGUGCUUGAUUUCUGCUGUCCCGGAGACAAUGGAUGAAUACAAUAGCUCGACCCUAUGCGUAGAUGUUUUACAAUUCGAACAUCUCCUAGCGGAUGCAUAUCUGAUUAACCCAGAGGUGGAUUGUGCUCUAACCGAGUUCACCAAGGAGUUCGAUACAUACUAUCGCAAUCGCCUGUCAGCUCGUGUCUUGGCCACAGCUCGUGAGAUAAUCCAACGUGAUCUACAGGACAUGAUAUUGGUGGCUCCGAAUAACCUGUCUGCUAAUGUGGCUAGUGAUCCGUUUCUAUUUCCUCGUUGCAUGAUCUCCAAGAGCGCCCAGGACUUUGUGAAGUUGAUGGAUCGCGUGCUGCGACAGCCAACGGAUAAGUCAGCAGAGUCAACGCCCGAUCCAUUGGCCGGAGUCGUUGCUCAGCUGCUGGAGACUUACAUUGAUGAGGUGCCCAAGGUGCACAAGAAACUGUUGCAGAGCAUCCCUCAGCAGUCGGCGCUGUUCCACAACAAUUGCCAAUACCUGACCCAUUGGGUGGCCCAGCAUGCCAACAGCGCCAUCGAUAGCUAUCCCUCGCUGGUCAAGAUGCUUCAGUCCACGGGCAGCAAACAUUUACGCGUUCAGCUCAACUACCAGCAGUCUAUACUGAUGGAUAUUAUGAGCGGGUUCGAGUUUGAGAAUCCGCAUACUUUGGGCUCGGUGCCACUGCGAUUGGUGCGCCAGUGUCUGCGCCAGUUGGAACUGCUGAAGAACGUUUGGCAGCAGGUGCUGCCGGAGAAUGUCUACAACAGCAGCUUCUGUGAGCUGCUGAAUGCGUUUGUCAAUGAGCUGGUGCAGCGAGUGUUUACGCUGCGCGACAUUUCGGCCACGAUGGCCAGCGAGCUGAGCGAUCUGAUUGAUGUGGUGCUGGAGAAGGGGCCGUUGCUGUAUCAGGAUAAGCAUGAGGUGCUGCAGGUGCGCAACUGGCAGAAGCUGCAGCAGCUGAAGACCAUGAUGAAUGCCUCGCUCAAGGAGUUUACGGAAUUGUGGUGCGACGGCGCCGGUCCCUUGACAGCCAAUUAUCAGGCAAAAGAGAUCAAGCAUUUGAUACGCGCCCUCUUCCAGGACACGGAUCGACGCGCCAAGGCCAUCACACAGAUCGUUUAACGGAAAUUGCAAAUGAAUACAUUCUUAAU